AUGCUUUAUCACUUGUUUCAACAAUUUGGAACGGAGCAGGUGCGUAGCAUGUCACAUGCUUACGAAGGUUAUUUACGUUAUGCUUCCGAUUAUGAUGAGCUAAGACCAUUGACUUGUGAUGGUGUGGACACUUGGGGUAGUUAUUCUCUUACCAUGAUUGAUGCUUUAGAUACUUUGGCUACCAUGGGUAAUUUUAGUGAGUUCCGUAGAGUGGUUAAGGUAUUGGAACAGAAAAUGGAUUUUGAUAAAGAUAUUAACGUGUCGGUGUUUGAGACGAAUAUACGCAUAGUGGGUGGUUUGUUGUCGGCUCAUUUAUUGUCCAAAAAGGCUGGCAUGGAGUUGGAAGAGGGUUGGCCAUGUCAGGGACCCCUCCUGCGCAUGGCCGAAGAUGUGGCUAAACGUUUAUUGCCCGCUUUUGAUACCGCCACCGGUAUGCCUUAUGGCACUGUUAAUUUACGUUAUGGAGUCCCCAAAGGUGAAACUUCCAUUACUUGUACAGCAGGCGUAGGCACUUUACUGGUGGAAUUCGGCACGCUCUCCAGAUUAACCGGUAAUCCGGUGUACGAAGAAGUAGCUUUAAAUGCCAUACAUUCUUUGUGGAAUCGACGUUCUCCAAUAGGUUUAUUUGGCAAUCAUAUCGAUGUACAAAGUGGUCGGUGGACUGCCUUAGAUUCGGGCAUUGGUGCUGGUGUUGAUUCUUUAUUUGAAUAUAUGGUUAAGGCUGCCAUACUCUUGCAGCGUCCUGAACUAUUGGAAAUGUUUCAUGCGGCCCGCUCUUCCAUAGAUAAGUUCUUAAGACAUGAUGAUUGGUAUGUUUGGGCUGGCAUGAAUAAGGGUCAGGUUACUUUGCCGGUUUUUCAAUCAUUGGAGGCUUUCUGGCCGGGUGUUUUAAGUUUGAUAGGCGAUAAGGAGGCGGCCAUAAAAACUUAUCGAAACUAUGCUAGUGUUUGGAGAAAAUAUGGUUUUCUGCCGGAAUUCUAUAACAUACCCACGGGUGAAGCUUCGGCUAAUCGUGAAAGUUAUCCUUUGCGCCCUGAACUAGUGGAAUCGGCCAUGUAUUUGUAUCGAGCUACAAAGAAUGAGUUUUUAUUGGAACUAGGAGAAAGUAUGCUGAAGACUAUAGAGCAUAGUGCUAAAACACGUUGUGGUUAUGCUACGAUACGCAAUGUUGUUACCCAUGAAAAAGAAAAUCGCAUGGAAUCAUUCUUCUUGGCUGAAACCACUAAAUAUUUGUAUUUACUGUUUGAUGAUGAUAACUUUUUGCAUAAUGAUGCCGCCAAGGGAAAUAUUAUUAAAACUUCCGAUGGUGGUGAAUGUUUAAUUGAUGCUGGUCCUUAUAUCUUUAAUACCGAGGCUCAUCCUAUUGAUAUGUCUGCUUUGCAUUGUUGUCAUGAUCAUAAAAUCAAUUUAUUUGAGGGUUUAGAUCUUUCACAAUUUAGUGAUUCUACUUUGUUAAAAAAAGACCGUGAUCUCAUUAUACUGCAGCAAAAUGAAGCUUUUAGUGACUGUAAGUCUAAAACAUCAAAGGAACAAGGCAAAAGAGUUGUACCACCAGCUAAAGCGGCUGCCAGUCCUAGUAUAGCUGUUGAUAUUGAGGUCUUCGAUGAUGAUAAUAAACCAGCUGGUGAUAUUCUGGUAGAAAACUUUGAGCGUAUUAAAAAUGAUGUUCCACCGGUGGUAAAGGACACUAAGAAGACCCCUGAUAAUCGCAAUCAAUUAACUGUUACCGACUUACAGGAAUUCUUUGCUUUAAAAAGAGAAAAUUUUCAAACCCCUUUACAAGUUUUGGAGUAUACUUCGAGUUUCUUAAAAAAUUUCACCUUAGAUCCUGGUUUUAUAUCGGGUUUACAAUUAUUCGAGAAAAACAUUAGCAAUUUAUUGGGUUCAGGGACCCAAAAAGAGUUUGAAGGUACCACUAAAACCCUUUGGAAUCUUUACUGUUUACAGCAGGAAUAUCGUGUCAAUGUUAAGCUUCUCAUGGAACUAAAUCUCCACAGUUUCGAUGAAGACAACAGGCAAAUGUUACAUAAAACUUUAUUAGUACUUAAUGGUGAUGAAAGCGAUGCUGCCAAUGACUUCAUAUGGCAAAAAAUUUAUGCUUUACAUUUGGAAUACUCACGUUCACUGGUAAAUACCACAGAUAUGCAAACAUUUCUGCUCAACAUACUCAUCAAUGGCACCAAUGAGAAACAAAGAAGUUUUAAACCUUUAUUAGACUCCAAAGAAAUUCUAGAUCUACCUUUAGAAACCCACAACAAACCGCAGCAAUUGAAAUUAUUUGCACAAGCCAAACGUGUUGUGGAAUUUAAAAAACGUAUGAUAGAUACCUUUGAUAAAUUACAAAGUCUAAUGGUGGAAAGUGGUAAACAGCAAAAGGUUUUAACAGAACCAAAAGCAACAGAAAAUGAUAAUCCCUCCAAACAAAUAUCUACACCCAAUGAUGAUUUAAUAGUGGCUAAACCUCAAGUAAAUAAAACCUCGCCCAGUUAUAAGGCCAAUAAAGAGGUUUACAAUAAUACCAUAACUGCCGAUACUCAAUCAAAUUCCUCCUCUUCAUCCUCGCUGCAAGCAAAUGACGAUAAUAAUUCUUAUGACUCGGUGUGGUCACAACUUGUUCACACUAUAUUACGAAAGACAACACCGCAAAAACUACAGUUCGAUGCCAGUGACCUGAUACAGAAAACUCGCAAAUCCUUGCAGAAAUUAACUGCAGACAUUCCAGUGCAUUAUAAUGUUCUAACAUGUCCUCGCCCGAAAUUUAUUGAACGUUUCGCUUAUCGUUAUUAUUAUCCAUAAGGUUUGUAAGUAAUGCAAAUUUAUUAGAAUAUACAAUGAAUAUGAAUAUUUCGAAAAUAUUUAUAAUUUAAUAUUAAAUUACGAAAAGAGAAAUA